CUACACACACGUCCAAGUCUGCGAAAUGGGUAAUUUUUGUGGCAAGCAAUUUGAAGAAGAUGUGGAGGUUGAGUACGACACCGAACACAUUCGUCUUCAUCUGUUGAUGGUUUUGCGUGAGGAAGGCCCAGCUGAACUUCUCAAUUACGCUACUAAAGACGACCAGAAUUACGAAAUUUGCAAAAAUGACGAAGUUCUCAGGAAGGCGUGCAUGCUGGCCGCCUCUAGAAGAUACUAUUUUGAGAAGUUUCGAUACGAAGAGGUUUGCAACAAGACUGCCCCUUAUGUGCGUCUCUUGGAGGAUUUCAUUCAGCUCCAAAAUUCCAUUGACGAGCAGAAACGAGUGGAGGAGGAUCGUUUUGACUGCGGCUCCAGCGUCCGCCGUCUUAUCCAACAGCAGUCGGAGAGAAAGCGAGGGAGGGCCAUGAGUUUUUGAUUUAUAAUAUAAUAUUUAUAAUAUUUAAUAUACGUAUUUAUUACAAUGUUUAUAAA